AAAGGCGGUUGUCGCUUUAGUUGACACUUGGCUAAUCUGGCAGCACCCAGCUGUGUAUUGGAUGGCGCUCGCUCCUGCUUUUUGGAAGAACAGCUCCUGAACUGGGGAAAAUCGCUCAACGCAGACGGUUCCAGCAUCAUACAAAGGGAAGGGGACAGUGCAAAAAGUUUACUCUUAAGUUUUACUUGCCCCGUAUCUCAGUUUCCUCCUGUUCUCGGAGGAGAAGUGUAUAGUUUUGGAACCUUCGAAAUAGAGUUGUACUUGGGCAAAAGCUAAGUGAACGUCCCAGGGAAGGGACAGCAGCUUAAGAAACCGCUAACGCUUUGGCUUGACAAAGCGUCGGGCUACAAAGAGUUCAACUCCAGGUGCUACUCUGUGAGGCAGCCCAGAGCUGUGUGUGUGAUGCCGUCUGUGGCAAUGUUUUCUUUCACAACUAAACACUUCUUCAUAUGAACACCAACCCCCUUUACAACCAAGAUCUGCGACCAAAUGUAAUUUUUUAUCUUUCUUUCUUUCACAAUACAGUACAAAUGUGCUACUGAAAAGUUACAAAACAAUUCAAACGCUGCAAGCAUAUACAGUCGCAGACAAAAGUAUUUGGGCAGUUUAAAAAAAACAAAAAAAACACGAAGAAAGUAAUUUCUAUACUUUCUAAUUGUUUUGUUGAAAGAUAAAUUGGAUUCAGCUUUAUAAUAAAACAACACAUUAUUACAUAACAUGCAUAAAAUGAAAAAUAACAUGCAGAAACAAAUUUCAUUCUUUUUUUAGUAUAUGGACUGAAGAGAAAGCAAUUCACUUUGACCAUCCUCAGAUUUGACCUAAACGGAGGAUAUAUCAAUCACAGUUAUCUUUCUUUCUUUCCUUCUUCCUGCUGGACAUUUCCAUGAGUUUUUGCUGCUGGUUCAAUCACAGACAGUCUAGACUGGUUCUGGCAGACUUCAAAAAGCCACAAGUGGUUCUCCAGACAGUCCAAGGCCUAGUGAUGGAAUUCACACCUCGCCACCCUGAGGCCAGCCUGGCCUUGUUUACACUGAGCCGCUGGGGAUGGGCUACUCCACUCCCAGGCCUUCUUGGGCCUCCUCAAAGAGAGGAGAACACGACGAAAUUAUACAGGGGCAAAAGGCGAGAUGUUGGGCAUUACAAAAUGGACCAGAGAGUUCCUUUAACCUGAUUAUAAAUAUGAGGUCUCUAAUCUCUGGUAAAGGACCUUGAAUGUUUGCUUUCAAACUGUGUUCUCCUCUGUUCUGGCGUGAUUUUUAAAGAACGACUUUGCUCUGUAAAGAUGACAUUCAGAACCUUUUGACUGAUUAUCUGUGGUUCGGUCUAGUUGGUAAUGUGUCGUGCCUGUGAGUGUUUUGUUGAAAACUACACGUGUUAAGAAUUACUGGAAAAUGCAAGGUGGGUUUGUAUGAGUACCACUGCCUGCCUGUCUCUGUAAAUUACAUGUCAAAUGAGCUUCCAAAGCUGUGAAUUCACCACCUUUUCAAAGACAGACACGGACAAAGAUUGUGGCUAAUGCGUUCAUCAGACAGGAUGCAAUAUGUAUAAUCACGUGCACCAUAAAUAUCACAAUACAUGGGUGCUAGGCUGUUUUUUUCUAGAAUAACCUGAACUAAUGAUUAACGAUAUUGUUAAAAGGCAAAUCCUAAAGGUGUCAGGAUGAGGCUGUAAUCAAGGCAGCUGUACUGUGCAUUCAGCAUUGUUUGAUGCACUCCACCUGCCUGUGUAAUGUUGUGGUCAUCUCUAUAUAAUAUACUGAAGUCUCGCUGUAUAUGCUUUACAAUAACGCAUUCUUAUACUGAGCUCUCUACUACUACUGGCAUCUGUACUAUGUAUGGAACCCUUUGAGCUGUACCAACACUUUGUUUGAAAUACACCAAAUCAAAGUUUAAACAGUAUUGUAGAAAAUAACAAAUGACACAAGUGUUAAAUGUUGAAACUCUAUCUCUAUCUUUUAAAAAAAAAAAAAAAAAAAAAAAAAACAGUACUCCUUCAGAACGGCUCUGUGAAGCUGUAAUACACGCCCUACCAUUACUCUCCAUGCCUACCCAGGGCUGGAGUCGAUUCCUUUUUAAAAUCAAUUCCCGUUCCCUUUUAAUCGAUUCCAAUUCCAGUCAAAAUUGCAGUCGGCAGCAUUCUGUUAAAAUUCUCACAGCGGCAACAGAAGACUUCGCUGCUUGUCAGUCCGUUAAAUUGGCAUCACGCGAAAGCAGCUAAACAGUCACAACUAUUAUGCAUCUAAAAUAAAUUGCAAUUCCUCUGAAUCGAUUGGAACCCAUUUUAAAAAGGCGUUGGAUAGUAAUUGACUCCCAGCCCUGUGCAUAACUGUUCAUCAAUACUAAAUGUGAUUUCCUACUGCAGCAGUAUAUGAAUUUAGUUUUCCAGUGUGCUGAUAAAGUAGGCUCUUCCAUAUAAGGAUUUCAAGUCCAGUACAGUAACGCCCCUUUCCUGAUCGUUGUGUUUUUCAGGUUUUACUACAGACCCGGCGCUGGACUGCUUUCACUGAGAGAGAGAGAGAGAGAGAGAGGGAGGGGGUAGGGCCACAGUCUGGCUUGCUCUUGGUUUUUAUCACAGCAUCUCUAAACCAUGUGUUUUGACGGGCUGAUACAAUGGACAGCAGAGCCUCAGAUUUUAUAAAAAUGAAAAGGUGUAGGAGAGCAGUGAUCCGAAAAUGAACGGAGGCAAUGAGAGAGGCAGAGACAAAGAUGGCGGCACGUCUGCAGCGCACGUUCCUAUUGGCUGGCAAAGAGCAGUGGAGGGAGGGAGAGUGGCCUACAUCAGCCCCAGCGGUACAGUCCUAUCCACUGUGGAGGAAGUGAGGACCUACCUUCUGACAGAUGGCACCUGUAAGUGCGGUCUGGAAUGCCCCUUGGUUCUACCCAAGGUGUUUAAUUUCGACCCUGGAGCAGCAGUGAAGCCUCACAGUACCGAGAAGGUGAAGGCAGAGGAGGACAUGACCAAACUGUGCAAUCACAGGAGGAAAGUGGUCGCCAUGGCAGCGCUGUGCAGGAGCAUGGAGGCCUCCCCCCUCGCCUUACCCGGCCAAACUCCAGGUGGCGCUCUUAACUGUCCAGAGAACCCUCCAGCAGCGCACAGCAGAUCACCAAACACGGGCCUCAACAAAUCCCCUCCCGAUUUCAAGAACAACUUGUUUCCGAAAUACUUUGUGGACAAAGCGGCCAGCGGUGUGGGGACCCCCUUUCCAGGCCCCAAACAAGACCAUUGCACUUACCCCCGACAGCGGCUUCUCAACCCCAGCGGGCUGAUUCAGUACCCCAGACACCACCCCGCGAUCCCUGCCACAGCUGGGCUCAAUCCCCCUUCUAAGAACUCCAUGUACGCUGGAGGACAUCCAUCCAAUGGAAGCCUGGAUGCAAUAACAAGGGCUAACUCCAGGCUGUCUCCAGAACUCCCUCACUUAGGGUCUCCCCAGCCCGGGAGGAACCUGAUGCCUUCCCCCGCCCAAUCUCCAAGGGCCUUUGGUCAAGCUGGCAACAUGCCUUGCAGCUCAGGGUCCCAGAAAUACACCAGGUUUACCAGUCCUCCAAACCAAACGUACGAUCUUUCGGGAUGCUCUGAUCACCUCAAGGGUUCUCCCUACCCGAACUCCCUCCCACCUUCUGCACAGUCUCACACCCACGCUCUGGAUAUCCACGUAUCUUCGACUUUAGCUUCACUGGCCAACAGCCUGGGCGGUAGGUCUAUGCAUGAGGUCCAAGGGAACUUCACUCCUUCCUCAUUCUCCGCCAGAUCCAAUACUAUGGGCUCCCCAUCCACCUUCUCUUCCUCCAUCUCCUCACCUGCCGGGAGCUUGGAGAUCUCUCCGCAGAGGUCCAGGCAUUCUUCGACCUCCUCCGAGCAUGGCUUCCUUGGGCAACAGGUAACCAAGUCCUCUCAUUCCCCAAUGCCCAUGAGCUCUCCCAAAUUCUUCAUGCCACCUAGCCCCAAAAGCCGCCUGGAAGGCAUUCUCCAACAAUAUAAGGACACCAGCAACAGCGGGAGCAAUUCCUUAGGCAACCACCUCCACCACCCCCACCAAAGCAAUAACUUCCAGCCGCCUCAUCCGCCCCAUUCUCCUACGUUGGAGAAGAAGAUCCAAGCGGCAGGAGCUGCCAGCGCUACCGGAUUCCUCGGUCUCCCUUUAGGUCAGAUUCUGAACCAGCACCACCCCCACUCCUCCUCCUUUCCAGCGAGCAGCCUGCUCUCCGCAGCUGCUAAAGCUCAGCUGGCAAGCCAGAAGAACAAUGGCUCUCCCGGCAAGGAGGCUCACACCAAGGUACAAAGCACUUUACAGAACAGCCUCCCCAAUAAACAGACCAGCCCUCUGCUCUCCAACUCCAGCACCACCCCCAGCUCCACAGCGCCUCAGGACAAGCCGUUCAAGAGGAAGAGACAAAGGAGAUCUCCAACAGUCCUUACCAUGCUCAAAGAAUCCCAGAUGAAUAGUCUCCGAACUGGGGUGGACCAGAUGUCUAUGGAGAAGACCUUCUCUUUCCCCUUGGGUGCUCCCCAGCAGCAAACUGUGGACUUUAAUCCUGGGCUAAACCAGUCUGACUCGGCUCAGUCUGCCGGCUUCCCCAGGCAAGCAGAAGCUCAGGAUCCUCUGAGAAGCAAGACCCCGGGUGUUGGUGCAGCUCAGCCUUUGUCUGCCCUGCUUCACUUACUCAGCAUGCAGAACGCUCAAGGUGGUGGCGGCAGCAGCGGGAGCUCCCUUGGCCAGCCUGCUCUCCAAUCUCAAAGCCCCGCCGCUGCUCCCUCUCCAGUCCACCUCCCUCCAUUCCCCCAGCCCAACCCAGGAUCUGACCGAGCUUGGACCCCCAACUUGGGAGGUCCGUCCCCAUCUCCAAGCCAGCAGGCAUUCAUGAACGUGAAUUUGAACGCUGCCCUGGCUUCUGUGGCUGAUCCAGCAGGCACUACCGCAGACUCCAGUAUGUUCCCCAGCAUGCAAGAUCUCAACAGCCAGCUGCUUGGCCUCCUAGGGCAGUUCUCCACCCAGACCCCCUCCUCUGCCUCCUCCUCCUCCUCUUCCUCGUCCCCUGGUGCAGCUCAGGGCUCGGGGAGCAGUAACCUGGCUGCACAACUGAAGGCUCCAGCAGCCACAAGCGAGGCUAUGCCAGGCUUACCCAGCAACAAUGGUAACCAUCAGCAUAAUCAGCAGAGCAAUACUGUCACAGGACCCACCAACCUACCAGCAUCGCCAACGUCCACCAAUCACAAACUGGCCCCUAGCCCUGGCCCUGUGGCGCUCCACACCCCCUGCCAGCAGCUUCCCCUAGCAGAGCUGUUCCCCUUCAUGAACCCGGACCAGCUUCUGCAGCUCCUGUCCGCCAACACUGGGCUGACCCCUCUUCUAAACCCCCCCUUCAUUGGAUCUCUCCCCCUGGGCUUGCUGAUGGGUCAACAGCAACACCAACAGCAGCCCCAAAACAUCCUAAACCACAACCCCCUAAACCUCCUCCCUUCCUUGCUGGGGGGCCAAGCGGACCUGCCAGUGAACCUCCUGGGCCUCCUAAACCCGCCACCCAACGCUGUUCUGCCCCUCAGCGACCCUGCCGACAAGCAGGCCCUGCAGGCUCUCCUGACUGCCUCCCUCUUGCUCGGGCAGCAGCAGCAGCCAGCCAUGCUCCCUCUAGGUGGGCUAAAUCUGGGCAGCCUUAACCUGGAUUUCCUUCAGCAGCAGUUCCCUCCCCCCCAGGACGGAGAGAAGCCCACGGACGCCACCUUGCUGCCGGGCAACGACGGGUUCCACGGUCUGGGGGACGGUGCCCUCCAGGCCCUGCAGGCCCUGCUCUUCCCAGCCCUGUCCACCCCUGCCCCUCCCAUCCCCACCACGUUGCUGUCUCUCAACCCUGCUCUCCUGCCUGCUUUCCUGGGCUCCACUGACGGGGGCGCCAGCCAAACUCAGGUCGGUAUCUCCAGUUCCUCCAUGGGACCUACCUCCAUGACCAGCACUUCUACCACGACCACCCCCAGCUCGGGAGCUGAAGCCCCCCCAGCCAUGUCGAUGGGAGACCCCCUCCUGUCAUUUAGUGGGGCCCCAGGGAAGCUGAACCCCCUGGGACCUCAGCUGCUGAACCCGCUACUGGGAGCCAGCCUGCUUGGUGACUUGGCAGCCUUCAAUACCAGCAGCAUGCAGCUCAGCAGUCUUCACACCCUGUUGGCUUCCAGCCCUCUGCUCCUGCCAGGCCAGCAGCAACACCACCUCCUCCCUGCCUUGCAGCCACCCCACCUGGGCAUGCACCUAAUCCAGGGCCAGGCUGCGCUACCCGGACAGGCUGGGACCAUGAAUCCAAUGGCAGGCCUGCUAAACACCCUGCAGCUCAAUAUCGACCCGGGUCUCCCAAUGGCCGACAACAAGCCAAUAAACACUACAAACCAGUUGGAGGAAAGCAUAAGCCCCGCCCCUGCUGAGGACCUCCCGGCGAAUCAGCUGCCACCAGAGCACCUGCAGACCUCUCAGCCGCUCCCCCAGCGCUCAAGCCCCCUGGACCCUUAUGGAUCCUUUAUGGAUGCCAUUUAUAACUCCUUCCUCCAAGUCACGGGCAAAAAGGCCCAGGAAGCAGCUGGCCCGACGGGACAUUCUGUAGGCCAGUCCGGGGCUUCUGGGCCUAGUCUCAGUGCUUUGAGUGCCUUAGCUCCCACUGCCAACCUCCAAGCCUCUUAUCCACAAUUCCAUGGAGACGCCCCAGCUCUGCAGGCUCAAAACGUACCGCCUUCACACAGCCCCAGGAGGGCGUGCAGCGUCCGGAACCAGGACUUGACCAGGCUAGGGAUGGAGGCAGCCCACUCUCCGGCAAGGGGGACCCCCAAACUGACCGAGGAGAGCAGGACGCCCCCCAGGUUUGAAGGGGUCCCGGCCGGGAAAGCGAACAGCAGCCGGAGCAGCGCCCAGCUGCUGAGCUCCACACCGGCUUUCCCAGGCUCACUCGAUGAAGCAAAGACUGAUUCCUCCUGCCAGUACAGCAACGGGGGGCACCCCAGGACUGAGCCACCGUGCCGGCAGGACGAGCCUCCCCUCUUCAGGGGCUGCAAGGGGGAGAGCGGCCCUUCCGAAGGGGGAGGGCAGGAGGAUCCAGCCCUGUGUGUCUACCCCAGCAGCAGGGCAGAUUGUCUGAACGGCACAGUGUUGUGUCCCAUAAUCGACCAGGAGAUCCAUCCAGCCCUGCACGAAACGGAGGAGGGAAAGGGUGACUCUGUCCAGCAGGAGACCCCAAAAAGAGGACGCAAGAGAAGACAAACACAACAGAAGCUGAACAGCAGUUCGAAAGAGGCCUUCACUGAAGACUUGGCAAAUCUGGAGCCGAAAGCCCCAGCAAUUCAGAGACCAGCGAAAAACAAGAGAAGGAAGAUUGUCAGAUAGCAUCUUCAGCUCUGGAGAGAAGAUCACACCUUGCAGCUAACUAGGGGCACUUGUACUGUACAUUGAACUGACUUCUGCAGGACUAGAUUGUAGUUGGACAGGACACACACACUGUGUUUAACACUACUCAGGUUUGCCCUAACGUGAAGCCAGUCAAAAACCAAUCCGCCAGCACUUCUGUCACCUUCAGUGUCUCUCCCCACUGCUUCAGAACCUCCAAGUGAGCCGUUGCCCAUCCACUGUGAGCAAUAUCUCAAGAAAUUGUAGGAAAAGCCCAGGCUCUUGGGGCCUUCUACCAACUGCCUUCUGCCGUAAUCUGGAUCAUUCAUGGGGCAUUUCUCUCGAUUUUCUUCUGUUGCCUUUAGAUUCUUACCUUGUUUUGUAUUUUGUGUUGCACCUGGUUCCAUAUCCUGCUUUGCACUGAUCUUGGACCACCUUAUCUAAUGUAGGGUGGUCCAAGAUUGGCAGUAAUAGGGGGUAUUGAAGCCGGACGUGAUGGUUUGACCCAGUGUAGUAUGAGUUAACCCUAAUCUGAACAGGGAAAGAAAUGCACUACAUUUUUGUUUUACGAAAUACGAAUUAGGAAGUGUUAAAUGUUCUCAUCCAUUUUUAAAAAAAAUAUUGCACCAGGUUUAUGGAGUUUGUUGAUACUGCACUGGUUACGGAAUCAUAAAUUCUAUUGUAUUAUUAUUAUUAUUAUGAUAUUGCACGCGUUUUACAGCUUUUAAUAAUAAUUCACAUUUUAUGGAAAUGAAAAUCACUUUUUUUUUAUUAGAUUUUGCACAGGUUAAGGAAACAGAAGUUUGUUAUACCUGGUGAUAGAUUGGAGUUGAGAACACCACUAAUAAUAAUAAUACUAAUACCAGUGAUGCACAGCUGUGGAGGUGAGAAUUGACCAUCUGAUUCCCAGGGAUGGUGUGUUGUUGCUGACCAACACAUCCUGAACGGGUCCUUGUGGGUCUGCCUGGUGCUUGCAAGCACUGGAAAAGUGUGUCUACCUGCAAUAGAAGUGAGGAACGUGGCACUUUGUUAAAUGACAAAAUGGAGAAGCUUUGGAGCUCAGCACUGACGCAGCGUUAGUUAAGAAUGGCACUGACCUCUGAAACGCAGAGCGCUUGAUGUUUGAACAGUUACAAGCAGUUUGCCAGUGGUGUUGUAAUAAUACAAAGCCUGGGUUAUAUAACCUGCUUGUCUAACUCUUGAGAUCUGGAUGUCAAAAAUGUCUUGCAAUGGCAUGGUAGUAAAACGGAGCUGUUGCUUGUGGGAUCAAGACAACAGCUUCAUUAGCUACCACUCACCUCCUACCCUUAGUUGUGACGGCUCUCAUAAACAGCCAGUCAGAAGCCCUUGAGUUCAGUUAGACUUCACGCUAAUGAAAUACGUUGACUGGCACCUGCAGAACGUUGCCAGAUUCUACGGCUGCUGAAUUGCAGACCAGUCAGGAUGUGAUCUUUCUGCACCCGCUCCAGCGCUUCGGCUUUCCAGGACUCCUCAGAGGUGCCGAUUCCCCGGCAAAGUUGGAAGUCCUGGCUGAAGCCCUAUUUGUUCUAGUUUUGGGAGGGUGCUUGCAUUUUCAGGUUUUAUUUAGCUUUUAUUCUUUUCGUACGGUUCGGUCUUGGUUCGCAGGCCUUUCGGUUGCGAAACGCUUCGAGGCGGCUUUGCCAUGAAAGGCGCUAUAUAUAUAUAAAAAGAUCUGAAUUGAUUGAUUGGACCUCAAAGAAAAUCAAAGACAAUCGGCAGGCACUUGAGAUUUGGUCACGGAUUUGAAUUGGGGGUGAAGCAAACUCUUUCAAACGCGAUGCAAACCCACAACUUCAAACAUAACUAUGAUGGAAAAGACAACCAUUUUCUCUAAUCUGAAAGCUUUCAAAGGUUGUUUUUUAUUAUUAUUUAAGAACCACAAUAAAGGGUAUUGAAACGGCCUUGAGUUGAUAACCAUUACUAAUUGGUUAAUAAUACUGGCUUUGUGUUGGUGAUUGGUUGGGCGGCUGGCUUUACUGGUGGGACUGAAUUAUGAUUGGACCUGGAGGGAGUUGUACCUCCCCUUUAUUCAAAUAUCUUUCGGCAUGCAGAGAUCAAUAAUGAAACAUAGAUAAAUAAUGAAACAUAGAUGUGUGAGUUUUGAAUAGGAAAGACUCUUAUUUAGUGGUUUAUCUUGAACCAGCUAGUCUACCCUCUGCUCUGUACCUGUAGAUGAAAAACCAAAACGUUUUCCAGAAACGGUUACUAUAUUUAAAACUAAAUGAAUAGAAGAAAAAAAAGCAGAUUAUGCAAUUUUUACUAUUAUGGGAUUUUGUAUAUAUGUACAGUUUUAGCCUGUGUGUGUGUGUUUUG